AUGGUAGAUAUACAAGAAUAUAUUAACAAAAAAUUAAGGAUGCAAACAAAAAAACUUGAUAUAAGUGACUCAAAGUUAGAAGAUGAAUUAGACUUAUCAGACUUUAUUAAUCUAGAAGAACUGUAUUGUGGUGAAAACAAAUUAAAUCAUUUAGAUCUUAGCAAGUGUAGUAAUUUAAGAAGAAUUCAUUGUUCAGAUAAUUUAUUAACAAAUCUUGACCUUAGCAAUUGUAAUAAAUUAGAACAUUUACACUGUGCCAAAAACCAACUAAUUAGUCUUAAGUUACCUAACAAUAAAAAUAAUUUAAAACAAUUAGUAAUACAUGAUAAUAAGUUAGAACAAGACUUAUCUUUCUUAGAAGACUUCAAUAAUUUAGAGGAAAUAUAUGUAGGAGGAAAUUUUUUCUCUGGUUCUUUAGAGCAUUUAAAAAAAUUAAAAAAGUUAAGAAACUUAGACAUUAGUGAUAAUAACAUUGACUCUGGUUUAGAAUAUUUGCCUGAUAGCGUUGAGGAAUUUCAUUGUUAUAUAAUUACAAAUCCUCGAGCUGAAGUAGAAAAGAUUUACAAAGAAUUACAACCUUUUGCUGUUGAUGCCAAGAAAGAAUGUCAACAACCUAACACCAGCAGUAAAUGGUGUCAACCUUGUAACGCUAAACAUUUUCAAGAAGAAUUUAAGAAUUGGACUAAAAAUCAAGGUGACUAUUAUGGUUUAGGCUUUGAAGGAGAAGUCGCUUUAAAGAAAUUAAAUAAUUCUCAAAACGCAGAAGCCAGUUUUUUACAAGAAAUUACUAACCAUAAAUUGCUUGGUGAUGGAGUAACUGUUGUUGAAUGCUAUGGUAUAUCAAGAGAUCCAAAAACUAAUAACUAUGCAAUAGUUACAAAAUAUAUGGGAGAAAAUAAUGCCGAUCCUGAAAGGAGACCAAAUGCUGAGGAAUUAAAUAACAAACUAAAUGAUUGGUUUAGUGAAAGUGGCGAAGGUAGAGAAAAUUCUACUUUUUUCAAGCAAAACAUGGAAAUUAAAAAACCAGAAUUUAAAAAAUCUGCUAUAUAUGACAUGAUAACUAUUAAUAAUUCUAUUAUUAAUAACACAAAGAACUCGGAUACAAAUUUAGAAGAUGGUUUUGAAGCAGCAAUACACACUAAAAACCUCCCAGAACCCCAAAACAGUAAAGAAAUAAAUGAGCAAUUCUACAUCCUGGGAAUAGCUCUCAUAGUUGGACUAAUCACUGGAAUUUAUUUCUUUACUAGUUUCAGUAACAGCAAUUCUCCAACUAAAUCACCUUCCGAUAAUCCUUUACCUAAUCCGGACAAUAUUCAAUAUUUACCCAGCGAAGAAGAAGCCCAAGCCAAAAUCAACCAAAUAAAAUCGGCUAAAAACCUUGAUGACCAACAAGCCACCAUUGAAUUCCUAACCCAAUAUGUCCCUCACAUAAACAAUUACCAAGAAUUAGGCCGCCGAAUAUCCGAAGAAAUUAAUACUCUUUUAUCUUCCUUAAAUUCCCAAUUCCCUAAUCUUUCCCAGGUCAAAGACUUAAACGCUUUAAUGGAAACUUUUUUGAGUAAGUUUUUUCAAGGUUAUGUUUACAGUGAAAUUCAGGAUGAUUUAGGCAAACAGUUAACUAUUGAUAAUCAUGAGAAAUACCGACCUCAGAAGACGGGUAAUUCAACUGAAAAUUCCAACUGGGGUAUUCUUUUCUAUGAGUUUGCUUUUCAAGGUGGUUCAGCUCCUAAUCCGGAAACUCCUCCCCAAAAUUCCGAUGCUCCCAUUAAUCCUCCUUCUAGCAAUCCCCAAAUUAAGCAACUCCAAGACCAAGCCGAAGAAAUUAGACAAUUACUAAAACCUUGUGAAGAAUUAGUUAAUUCUUUGGAACAAAUUAAAAAAGAUAAAGAGAAUUUAAUAACUCAGUUAGAAGAAAAAAAGAAAAAUUUAGACCCCAACGAUGCAAAAGAUAAGAUUAAACUGAUUGAUAUAGAAACUGAAAUAAGUAAAAUUGAACACACAAUUACUAUGGUUGGAUUUAGUAAAGAUGAUUUAGAGAAGAUAAAAAGAGAAGUAAACCGAUUUGAAGACAUAUUAUCCAGUUGGAUAGGGAAGGAUGAUGAAUAUCGCUUUGAACCAUUAAUUCCUGAAUUUCAGAAAAGUUUUUCUGAAUGUAAAGCCAAUUUUCCCUCCGUGAAAAAAGCCCUAGAAGACUUUUGUAAUAAUUAA